AUGAGGAUGGUGAUUGACAUUCAGCUCCGUGUGGACACUGGAGGGACGCCUUCGGCCCAGGAGCUCUUCAGGGACACCUAUGCCAUCACAGGAGACCUCCUCACAUUAACAGGGUCACAUAGCGUCUUCCGCACCAGAUUCUGGCAACAGGCCUUCUCAGUAACCCCAUCGCCACCUCUGCCACCACUUAGCCCUCGAAGCCUGGGCAUCCCCGAUGGCAGAAUCCAUGGACGAUCUCACCCUCAGCCAUUCUUCAGCCCUUCCUGUUUCUGUAUUGUUAGCUUCAAGCAGGGCACGGUCCUGUCGGAGGCCCACAGCUACUCCACGGGCCUGUCCGGGUGGCAGCGCGCGCCUCGCUUCUCCCCACCCCGCUCCUGGAGGGCGGAGCUGCGCCCCGACCUCGCGGACACACCCGCGCGCCCCGCAGCCGGCGCACAGGCGCACCCCAGCGGCCGCCGCCUCCUGCAGCCGCUGCCUCCCGAGCCCGCAGUCGCCGCCGCUGCCCGGGAGCGGCACGCGGUGCCCGGUCCUCAUCACACCCCGGGCGCGGCUGCUGUGCGGCCCCGCCCUCCACACCUGGGCCUGCGGGCCGGGGCGGGGCGCGAGGUGGCCCCGGGCGCUCCCCAGGGCCGGCGCAGCGAGGCGGGGAGGGUCGCGCGCACGCAGCUCCGGGAGGGACCCGGGCGGAAGGCAGCCCCGAGCGCCAUGGACCGCGCGGGCCCGGGCCCCGGGCGGCCGGACCCCGACUGGGUGGAAGCCUGGCUGGACGACCACCGGGACUUCACCUCUUCCUACUUUGUUAGAAAGGCCACCAGGGAAAUGGUCAACGCGUGGUUUGCUGAGAGAGUGCACACCAUCCCCGUGUGCAGGGACGGCGUCCGAGGCCACCCCGAGUCUUGCUCGUGCCCCUUGCCGCCCAGUCCCCGCGCAGACAGCAGUGCCCCUGGGACACCAGCCAGGAAGAUCUCUGCCUCGGAGUUCGACAGGCCCCUGAGACCCAUCCUCGUCAAGGACUCCGAGGGCGCCGUGAGCUUCCUGUCCGACGCAGGGAAGCAGGAGCAGAUGCCUCUCACCCCUCCACGCUUCGACAGUGACGAAGGGGACCAGUGCUCCAGGCUCCUGGAGUUAGUGAAGGACAUUUCCAGCCACCUGGACGUCACGGCCCUGUGCCACAAGAUCUUCCUGCACAUCCACGGGCUCAUCGCGGCUGACCGCUACUCCCUGUUCCUCGUGUGCGAGGACAGCUCCAACGACAAGUUCCUGGUCAGCCGGCUCUUCGAUGUCGCGGAGGGGACGACGCUGGAGGAGGCCUCCAACAGCUGCAUCCGCCUGGAGUGGAACAAAGGCAUCGUGGGGCACGUGGCCGCGCUGGGCGAGCCCCUGAACAUCAAGGAUGCCUACGAGGAUCCCCGGUUCAAUGCAGAAGUCGACCAAAUCACAGGCUACAGGACACAAAGUAUUCUCUGUAUGCCAAUUAAGAAUCACAGGGAGGAGACAAGUGGGAAAUAGAGUCCCCUGAAACAAACUUGAAAGUCUAUAAACAAGCUGCGGCAGGGAGAAACCAGGUGCCCGGAACCAGGAGGGGAGUCCCAGGCGAGAGGAGCAAGGGACCAGAGACAGGUGGGCUGUGGGGCGCGGGCCGGGUGGCCAGGGAACUGCACUCACAGGCUGGGGCUUGCCCAGGUGGGAGGUGGAGAGCGGGGGACAGCCACUAGAGCCACACACUGCACCACCCCUGGAGCAGCAGGACCAGGCCACACACAGCCGGAGGGAGUCCCGUCCACCAGCGCAGGGACACUGGCCCCUUGCGGAACCUGAGGCCCCAUGGAAAGCCGCCUGCUGAGGAGCGUACAGUCAAAUCGGUGCCUUCAGAGAGAGCGAGCAGGACGGGCACCGGUGUAACAGGCAGAGGAAGGGACAGGCAGGUGUGAAGAAGGAAUCGACGGAGACUCUAG